ACAAGUCAUUGUCUAUACUUUCCUUGAUACGUAGUAAAUAGUGUGAAGGAAAGCAAUGUACUAAUCUGAAGGAAAACUCCGCGGUGGUAAUGAAUAUCGGUCGAUGCUUCUUUUAAAUUUUCAAAGCCGUUGCCGAUUGGACUACCCAUAUUACAAGUACUUGGAUAGUCUUGGAAGGCUUCUACUGUCAUUGGAUCAAAUUUUCUUCAUAACAAAUAACAAGAUAUAUUCCAGAUAAGUAACUGGGAGCACUUGACCAAAAUCACAAAAUGUCACCCGAUGAGAAAAAGCUACGAAACGACGGCGUAUCGGAUUAUGGGUCACUACACAUAGACCUAGGGAUAGACGAUUGCGAGGUGUCCGGCAAGAAACGCUUCGGGUUCAUUCCUCAUUGGUAUUUCAGCGAACUAUGGGAAGUCUUCAACAUCGCUUGGUCCAUGGUGUUGGUUGCUAUAUUCUUCAUGUUAAUGGGCCCAAUCAGUUUGAUAUUUGCCGGACAGCUAGGAACUAUUUAUCUUGAUGGUGUAGGACUGGCCAACACGAUUCUCAAUAUUUUCGGAAUUAUGAUUGGCCAGGGAAUGGCAACUGCUUGUGAUACCCUUUUUUCCCAGGCCUUUGGCAGUUCCAACAAGAAAAAAGUGGGUUUAUAUCUUCAACGAGCUUUGGUUAUACUUAUGAUUACUGUCUUACCAAGCUAUGCCUUCCUCGUAAAUACCGAGAGCGUCCUCAUUUUAAUGGGACAGCAGCCAGAAAUUGCAGAGAUCUCCGGCAGAUACGCAUUGAUAUUUUUGCCAGCACUACCGGCACAGUUUACAUAUUCCAUCCUGAGCAAAUAUCUCAGGAAUCAGAAUGUGGUCCGGCCCAUAAUGUUCAUUGGGUUUUCUGGCUUAGCCAUGAAUGCAUUAUGCCAGUUCAUCUUCGUCACACAGCUCAAUAUGGGAAUUGACGGGUCUGCUCUUUCGCAAGUAUUUGGCUUCUGGACUCUCGCCGGAGGAACACUAUCCUAUAUCCUUAUCAGUAAAGUGUACAAAAAUACGUGGGAUGGUUGGACGUGGGAGCUGUUUCAAGAUUGGGGCUCUUUCUUAAAGCUGGCCGUUGCCGGACUACUAAUGGUAUCGCUGCAGUUCUGGGCUUUCGAGGCAGGGACCUUGAUUGCUGGUACGCUGGGUGAAAUCCAACUUGCGGCCCAGUCGAUUAUAUUUCAACUAGAAUCCAUUACUUACAUGAUUCCAAUAGGAAUUGGUGUGGGUUGUAACAUCCGUGUUGGACAUCUCUUAGGAGCGAACAGGCCAAUCCAGGCCAGCAGGUCGGUUGUGGCGGGGUACACACUCUCCUGGACCGUCGCCAUCAUCAUUGUCAUACUCCUGAUCGCACUCCGGCAAUUUCUGCCAAUGGCAUUUUCGCAAGACAGAAAAGUGAUUGACCUAGCGGGUAACCUAUUGCCAAUUCUUGCCCUCUACCAUAUAUUCGACUGUACUGCUGGUGUUUCGACUGGAGUACUUCGCGGUUGUGGCCGGCAAACAACAGCUGCCUCAGUUGUCUUCUUUGGGAUGUAUUUAAUUGGCUUGCCUGCCGGGAUAUCCAUGAUGCUUCUGACGGACUUAAAAACGGCUGGUUUCUGGUGGGGUAUGACCAUUGCGAUGUUUUGCGAAGGAAUAGCGUAUUUCAUAUCAGUUUAUCGGACUGACUGGGACAAACAGGCCAAACUGGCACAGAUAAGGGCGGGAGUUUUCCCCAAGAAGAAGGGUCGAUUCAGUGUGAGAGAAAACGACCAAAGCGUUCUUGAUGGUUUGGACGAAACAGAUGUAUCGACAGAUGAAAAACGUGCAAUUCUCGGCACCGCACCUCUACUCAGAUCAUCUAGCCAGAAGAGACUCUACUGCGGAGAGUACGUGUCUAGUCAGCCAGAUAUCUCAGUUCGAGAUGAGAUACCACAGAUACUGACAGCAUCACAAGUAAUCUUCAGGCGAACACUUUUCCUACUUUGUGCACUAUUCGUCCUUGGUUUAGGAAUAUUCGCGCGUUUGUAUUUCUCGUUCCCGCGAGAUAUGACGAGACUUUGCUUACCUUAUGUGCCUGUGAAUGGGACAAUUGUGAAUGACACUGUGAUCAUGGGUGGAAAUUUCUCCGUCCCGUUUUGCAAUAAUUCAACUUCGUUAUGAGGGAUGCAAAAAAAGAAGGAUCUGUCAUUUGUUACAGUGACAUUACAUUUGAUGACAAUUACUCUCACGAACUCACAUGCCCAGUUCAUUAUAAUAUACUUCACAAUGCAUAUUAUACUGGUAUGCAGGCAAAUAAAUUACACGGCUUUGUUGAACUCGUAUCGAGCAAACUGUUCGAUGGCUGUCCAGAAUGUGGCUAGACUGAAUCAUUGCACGACUGAGUCCAAGGAUGCCGCACUAGACAUGACGAAUAUGAAAUGUUCACGCCAAGCAGUUGAGGCUGCACUUUAAGCUCAACAUUUUUAAAAAUCUCCAAAUGAACAAUUUAGAACAAAUACAUUUUGAGCUGCUAUAGACUAUUUUGCUCCAAUUAAUCAUCCCUGGCUCAGUAGGAUGUCAUCGGAAUAAAUUGAUUUUGAAGAACAA